AUGUCUGAGCGCCUGCCCAACCUUUCCUUUGAAACUGCCUUCUGGGCGCAAUUUAAUGGCUUAGACUCACCUGCUGGAGAUGCUCUCGAGACCCAGACUGAGCAGACUUCUACCGAAAGCCCGGCACCAAGUGACGUCGAGGCCGUCUCCGACUUAGUUCCAACUGGUCAAAGCCAACUGCGGCAUGGCCAUGACUCAUUGCCAUUGCUACAGCCGGCUGACUGGAGCCAGGACAAGACUUACAACGAAAAGCCGCCAACAUGCAUCCAUUACUCCAUCGAGUGGAAAUUGACAGUCAACAGUAAACAAGUCGCGAGAGAAACAGAGCCAGAUCUCGUUCUUGCUCCUAGUGCUUUCUGGGCGACUUUUCUGCGACCGAAAUUAGACAAGCUUCUAGCUAGGAAGCUACCGCAGAACAAGUCUUUUAGGGCAGACGACACUGCCAUCGUCGUAUCUGUCACGGACCGCACGGAGCGUGACCUUGUCAAGCGCUUCGAUGAGCUUGAUAUUGACUGGGCAAUACUGGAGAAGCAGCUCAAAACUUGGAGCCACCUGUUCCGCGCUGGAAAGAGGCUUAGGAUCGACAUAUCGUUCCACUACCUGGAGACUGGCGAUACGGUCGGGGCAUCUACUCGGCAGGGAACCAAACGAGGAUACUCUUCAGCCUCUCAGUAUAUGCUCUCGGAGCGAGCUAUGCAGCUUGACGCUGAAGAGGAUGCUGCAGGCCGUCCAUCGAUUUGGCGGGAUGUCUAUAACCUCAUGCGAUGCCCCGGACCACCUUGUAACCUAGGACCUCAUUGCUGGCGCGACAGCGUCGGCAAGAAGCACUACAAGCUUAGGACACACCACCUAAAAAGCCUCAUCAAGCACGUAGAGCAAGGCGCUGCGCUGCGGACUCACGAUGAUGUGCCUGAUGACAUUCGUGAACAACUGUAUGCUGAAGAGCAGCAGGAUGCCGAACACCGGCGGAAGCGUAGAGCCUCUUCGCUGGCAGGAUAUCCGCCUAUCAAUAUCACUAACGUGCUACCUUCUCAAGCCGCGGGCUUAGACGCUGGUGCCCCAACUCCGGCGUCUGCAGGGGCCGUGCAAUCUAGGCCUCUCACCUGUCUGGAAAUUCCGGGACCACGUGACAUCGCUGUCAUGAGAUACAGUGAAUGGCAGCGUUCGCAAGUGAGCAACACGGCUCUUAAAAUGGAGUACCAGAAGGCUUGUGACUUGACAUUGGCUGAAGGCCUCGACCUCGAGUUGGUGUGGGAGGAUCAACAUGCUGACUUCUAUAUUCAAAAGGGCAUCAAGAGUGGUGUUGCACGACGUUUUGUCCGUGAUAUCGAGGUUUGGGCCAGACAACACAAUAUUGCUUAG